CGCGGAGAAACUCUGUCGGUCAGUCGGGAAGAGGUGAGGGAGCGACGAAGGCGGUCCGGUCUUCUAAAUCCAAGCCUUCCAAGGACUCGGUUUAUGGUGGAUGCUGGAUCUCGAGGCAGUAUAUCCAUCAUGCCCAGUACCAGGUCACAGUCCCAGAGCCAGAAGAUCAUAGACUUUCCAAAGCGAAAAUCAGUCAGGACACUUCAGAAAUCGUUAGAGAAAAAGAAGGGUUCCCAUCUGGAUCCAGCCACAUCAUCGGACUCUUUGUUGUCUUCCCAAAAGAAGGUCUUGCCUCUCAGUCCCCGCAAACGCCUAGGUGAUGACAAUCUCUGCAAUAUUGCCCACUUGUUACCUUGCACCCCAACUAAGCAGAAUAAAAAAGAGAACAGCUUUCCAACAACUUCCCCCAAGGCCCGGACUUUACUCUUCAGUGAAUGUUCAGCCUCCAGGACUCCCAUCAAGUGUAACAGUUUGGCUCAGUCUCCAUUACAAAGGAGCCAGGAAACACCCACUACUACACAGUAUUGCUCUCUUAGAAAGGAGCUAGUAUGUACUCAGCUCUUUAAGCCAGAAGGCACCUGUUAUCAACAAGCAAAGAGUCUUCUGCAUGCAGCUGUUCCAGAUCAACUGCUUGCAAGGGAGAAGGAGACAAGUGUCCUGCUACGAUUCCUCCAGGAGCAUGUCUGCAGGAAGAAGCCUGGAAGCCUUUAUAUAUCUGGAGCCCCUGGCACUGGAAAAACUGCUUGCCUCAACAGAGCCUUGCUUGAUUUGAAGGCAGAACUCACUGAUAGUCAGAUCACAGUCUUAAAUUGCAUGGCCUUAAGGACCUCUCAGGCUGUCUUCCCAGCGAUUGCUGAAGAGUUGGGCCUGGCUGGAGCUGCCAAGGCAGCCAAAGGUGAUGUCAUCAGGAAGCUGGAGAAAUGGUUGACAUCAGAAAGUGCAUCCAUGGCUUUGGUUGUAUUAGAUGAGAUGGAUCAGUUGGAUAGCAGGGGACAAGAUGUACUCUAUACAAUAUUUGAGUGGCCUUCCCUUCCCAACUCUCGGCUCGUUCUCAUUGGUAUAGCCAAUGCCCUGGAUCUCACUGAUCGCAUCCUGCCCCGCCUGCAGGCCCGGCCUAUGUGCAGGCCACAGCUGUUAAACUUUCCCCCAUACAGCAAAGAUCAACUUGUUUCCAUUCUCCAGGAACGCCUGAAGAAGGUGUCAGGGGAGCAGGUGUUGGACAAUGCUGCUAUCCAGUUCUGUGCUAGAAAAGUCUCUGCCUUCUCUGGGGAUGCACGCAAAGCUCUGGACAUCUGCAGGAGAGCCAUUGAAAUUGUGGAGUCGGAUGUGAAGAGACAAACUAUACUUAAACUACUGCCUGCCUCUGACCCCCAUCCUAUGUCUUCAGGCAAAUCUCAUUCCAAAACAGCUGCAGACUCUGCAGUGCCAAAACGAGUGGGCCUGCGUCAUGUGUCCCAAGUGAUCUCUGAUGUGUAUGGUGACCGGAUGGCAACUGGUAACAGCUAUGGUGAUGCUUCUUCCUUCCCACUGCAACAGAAGAUUUUAGUCUGUUCUCUGUUGCUCUUAGCCAAGCAACAGAAUGCCAAAGAAGUUAACCUAGGAAAGCUGCAUGAAGCCUACAGCAGAAUUUGCCAGAAACAGAAAAUAGGACCUGUUGACCAAUCAGAAUGCCUCUCGCUCUCAGCUCUUUUGGAAUCUAGGGGCAUUGUGGGAUUCAAAAAGGCUAAAGAAGCACGGCUGUCUAAGGUCUUUCUGAAAAUAGAAGAGAAGGAUGUGGAGCAUGCCCUCAAAGACGGAAUCUUGGUUGGAAGCAUUUUGGCUGGGGGCCUUUAGAACUGUCGCUCUGCUCACUUGAACAUUUUGCCCUAUAUGUCUGUUAGCUUUAGGAACAGACUAAUAAACCCAAAAGUCCCAAAUA